CCAUCCUCUCCUCUUUCCCAUUCCUCUAUCACUCUCUCUGCUUGUUGAGUACUACUAGCCCUAUUCUUGAUUUAUCCUGAUUUUAAGCAAGUCCAUUCCAAGCCCAAAAGUUUCCUUUUUCUCCUCUUAAAAAAAAUAAUAUAUUUUGCAUUUUGCACCCAGAAAAAAAAAGAAAAAAAAAAAGAAAAGGACCUUUGCCCCUCUCUCUCUCUCUCUCUUUCUCUCUCUCAAACUUAUUGUUAUUGUUAUUAUUAUGUCAUGUACAGAAAGCUGGGUUUGCAGUUUAUCAUCUGCAGAGCUAAGAAAGAGAGGGAGGAAGAGAGCAAGAGAAGUAAAUUGAAAAGGGCUAUGUGGGUUGUGUUUCAUUUCAGCUGUUGAUCAAGAAUAAAACCCUAACUAUGGUGAAAGUGUGUUUCUUUUGAUCUUAAUUUCCUAAAAUAGGCGAUUGUUGUAGUUUCAGAUCUGGGUCAAUUCAAAAAGAAAGGAGGAGUGAUCCUGGCCUUGUUCCAUUAAUCCUAAUAGGAAUGACAAAGGAAGAAAGAGGAAACACUGAGAGAGACUGACAGAAGAGAGUGAGCACACGCAGGCAAUUGUAUGGAAGCCAUACCACUGCAGGUGCGUGCUCACCUCUCUUUCUGUCAGCUUCCAUUUGCAAGUGUUUCCUUGCUCACUCUCUAUUCCUCUACAAAUACUAGUGCUAAACCUUUCUUCUUAGUUGCAUCGAGUAUUAUCUUGUUCUUGUACUUUAUCCAUCACUACAAAGAUUUGAUCUUUAUCACUCUACAGAUGUCUUUCAGUAGUGUACUCUUUUCAGCUUCUCAAUAGUUAAAAAAAAGUAAAAUUUAACAAGAGCUGCAGCCUGCGGGACUUGACACAUCAUCUUCUUCCUUCUUUCUGCUGCUGCUUUUUACUUCUCAUCCAUCUCUCUUGUCAUAUCACUUCUUUUAUUAUUAUUAUUGUUGUCAUGACAUCUUUCUUUCUCUUCAGGAACUGAAAUAUAAUAACUAUUAUUGCUACGUUGCUGGCGAGUUCAUCAAAGCAGUAGAGAAGUAUGUUCUUGAAGCAAAGUGCAGCUUUGUUUUAUUAUCUCGUGGACUUGGAUUUUGGUAUCUAAUAAGGAAAAAAAUUGGGGGACCUUGUAAAAUGGGUCAUUGUAAAUUGUACCAAAUAUGGCAAAAAUUUCUUGUUUCCUUUUAUGGGCAGAUAUGCACUAUUCUAUCGCUAAAAAGGAAGCUUUUCGAGGGAAUUUCCAUGUUCUCAGGUUUUUGGUGGCCAAGGAACUCCUUCUCUUUGCUCUAUUCAGGAACAUGACUGGAGAAGAAAUUGUGAGCAUGAUUUCAAAUGGUGAAACAGCUGUGACUGAAGAAGUUUCAGAUUCAAACAGCAGCACUUAUCCAGCCCUGGCAAGCAAACGUGUGAUGCAUGGUAGCAAUAUCUGCACUUCGAGAUUUAGAGGUGUUGUACCACAUCAAAAUGGGCACUGGGGCUGUCAAAUAUAUGCCAAUCACCAGCGCAUUUGGCUUGGAACUUUCAAGUCUGAGAAGGAGGCAGCAAUGGCUUAUGACAGCGCAGCACUGAAGCUUCGGAGUGGAGAUUGUCGCAGAAAUUUUCCAAUAACUAAUAUCAGUGUUGAAGAGCCAAAGUUCCAGAGUUAUUAUAGUACUGAAGCAGUUCUGAAAAUGAUUAAGGAUGGUACGUACCAAUCCAAGCUUGCCUAUUUCUCAAGUACUAGUUCCCAAAGUGUGGAAACUGAACUUAGCAUUAAGCUUACAAAGACGCAACGCAAUAGAAGUCUAAUGUGCAAGGAACUAUUUCAGAAGGAGCUUACACCGAGCGAUGUUGGCAAGCUUAAUAGACUUGUCAUCCCAAAGAGAUUUGCCAUCAAGUUCUUCUCACAUAUUUCAGAAAGCGUUGAACAAAAUAUUGGCGGCAACAAGGCAAAUGAUGGACAGUUGGCUUUCUACGACAAGGCAAUGAAGCUGUGGAAAUUUCGGUAUUGUUAUUGGAAGAGCAGUCAGAGUUAUGUCUUCACAAGGGGCUGGAAUCGGUUUGUAAAAGAAAAGCAGUUGAAGGCUAAUGACACUAUUGCUUUUUGCUUAUGCGAAUGUAGGGAAAAUGCUGAACUUACCGACUCGUACUACAUGAUUGAUGUGAAAAAUGAAGGCGACAGCAGUAGCUUGCUGGAGUCUGGCAGCCAAAGUGAGACGACAAAAAUGCAGGUGCAUCUUCACCUUGGACAAACCACUGCUUGUCAUUACAACAAGAAUAAAGUUGAAGGAGAGGGAUUGAAGGAAGCCAGGCCUAGGCAUGACGGGGACAGAAAGAGCUUUAGACUCUUUGGAACUGAAAUAAUCUAAGGGAUGAACGUGAUCUUUUUCUCUCAAGCUUAUUUCAUUUGUCAUUCAUAACGUGGUACUAAAUAAUAGCUCAUUGUCAUUCAUAAAGUUUAAUAUAUAGUCAUCUGGCAAAUCAAGGCUGAAA